AUGUCAGUCAUGUUCAUUGCCACCUGCGUAGCCCUUGCUUUGUGCUUCGCAGUGGGUGCAGCGGCCAAAGUCUCGGCGCGGCGUCCGCUGCGGGGCAACGACACGCUGGUCUCCGCACAGGGCAGGUUCGAGCUCGGCCUGUUCAGCCCCGCUGGCAGCUCCGACGGUAGGUUCUACCUGGGGAUCUGGUACAAGAACAUCCCUGGCCAGACCGUCGUCUGGGUCGGCAACCGCGCGACCCCCCUGUCCGGCGUCGCGUCCGCCGAGCUCCGGGUGUCCGCCGCCGAUGGCAAUCUCGAGCUCGUCGGUCCCACCAACGCCUCCGCCUUGCCGGUCGUCGUGUGGUCUUCAAACCUCUCGUCUUCGUCUCUGUCAUCGUCGCCGGGCUCGAACACGGUGGAGAUCCGCGACGACGGCAACCUGGUCCUUGUCGACGGCGGCAACUCCUCCACCGUGCUAUGGCAGAGCUUCGAUCACCCGACGGACACGCACGUGCCGGGGGCGUGGAUCGGAGAGAACAAGCUCACCGGUGAGUACCAGACGCUGACAUCAUGGCGGAACGCCCAAGACCCCGCGCCGGGGAUGUUCACGGACAUGAUAGACCCCAAUGGCACCAGUGAGUUCUUCUACAUGUGGAACCGUUCCCGCGCGUACUGGCGGAGCGGCGUCUGGACGGGGAAAGUCUUCGAGAGGCUGCCGGACGCAACGGGGAGCAUCACGUCGUACGAGGAGACGUCGGCGUACCGGCGUCUCACCAACGUCAUCACGGACAACACGACCAUCACGCGCUUGGUGCUUGAUCUCACCGGCCAGGCGAAGCUGUACAUCUGGGUGCCCGCGAGGCAGAGCUGGCAACUGUUCUGGACCGCGCCCACCAUGCAGUGCCAAGUGUACGCGCUCUGUGGCGCGUUCGGCAUCUGCGACCAGAGGAGCCAACUGCCGUGCCGGUGCCCGCCCGGGUUCGCUCCGGUGUCCGAGGGGGACUGGACGCUGAGCGACUGGAGUGGUGGCUGCCGCCGGAGCUCGCAGCUCACAUGCGCGCACAACGGGUCGACGGCGGACGGAUUCUUAGCGCUGCCGAAUGUGAAGCUCCCCGACGAGUCGGUCUCCGUGGCCGUUGCCCAGAGCAAAGCAGAGUGCGAAUCGACUUGCCAAAAGAAUUGCUCUUGCCAAGCCUAUGCCUUCUCCGCCGGGGGCGUGGGAUGCACCGUCUGGUAUGGAGAGAUCCGCAACCUUGAGCAGCUCUACGUGGAUUCCGGCGUCUCUGGGUCAGACCUCCAUCUCCGGCUUUCAGAAGCAGGAUUGCAAGUUCUGCACGGCUCAGACAGGAAGAAACGAGGUAGAAAGUUAUGGCUUGUUUUUGGCAUCCCAUUGGUCGGCGUUGUAGCAUUAGGCGCGUCGGUGAUGCUGGCCUGGAGGAUUCUCCUUGCUCGGAGGAGACGACUAGCCAGAAUGGAAAACGAGAAGGGAUCCUCCUUGGCCGUGUACAGUUACGGCGACCUCCGUGCCGCCACGAAGAACUUCUCAGAGCGGCUGGGCGGCGGCAGCUUUGGCUCGGUGUACCGCGGUGUCCUGAAGCGGCAUAAGGGAGACAACACAAUCCAAGUCCAAGUGGCAGUGAAGAAGCUUGAAAGUCUUGGUGGGCGGCAGGGCGACAAGCAGUUUCGGGCGGAGGUGAACACGUUGGGGCUCAUCCAGCACGUGAACCUUGUUCGGCUCUUCGGGUUCUGCCCGUCGCAUGAUGAGAAGAUGCUCGUGUACGAGUACAUGGCCAGAGGCUCCCUUGACCGCUAUCUCUUUGGCAGCGGCGCAAGCCCAAGCUGGCGCGAACGGUACAACAUCAUGGUUGGCGUGGCAAGAGGGCUGGCCUACCUGCACCGCGGUUGUCAGGAGUGCAUCAUACACUGCGACAUUAAGCCGGAGAACAUCCUACUGGACGAGGACAUGUCCCCGAGGAUCGCCGACUUCGGGAUGGCGAAGCUGGUGGGGAGGGACUUCAGCCGCGUGCUGACGACAAUGCGGGGCACCAUCGGGUAUCUGGCGCCGGAGUGGAUCUCCGGGCAGCCCAUCAGUGCCAAGGCGGAUGUGUAUAGCUUUGGAAUGGUGCUCUUUGAGCUCAUCUCAGGACGACGAAACUCCGAGGGGUAUAGUGCGGUGGAGGCGGCAGGGAGCGGGAGCAGUGAUUCGUGGACCUUCUUCCCCGUGUGGGCGGUGGGGAAGGUCAUGGAAGGGGAGGUGGGCGCCGUAGCUGACCCGCGGCUGCGUGGAAACGUGAGUCCGGAGGAGCUGGAGCGGGCAUGUUGGGUGGCGUGCUGGUGCAUCCAGGACCAAGAGGGGCAACGGCCGACCAUGGCGCAGGUCGUUCAGGCGCUGGAGGGCGCCGUCCAGGUUCACGCGCCGCCAGUUCCGCGGGCUCUGCAGCACCUCGUCACGCUCAUGUAA